CACAACCACCCGUCCUCCUCCUCCCACGCUACAGCAGAGCAGAGCAGAGCAGCAGCAGCAGCUCCGUCGAUCUCCUCCGCCCUCCUCCCCCCGCGCCCGGCCUCUCCUCGCCGCCAUGGCGCCCCGCGUGCCCUCCUCCCUCCUCCUCGUCGGCGCCGCCCUGCUCCUGGGCCUGGCGGCCGGCGCGGCGCGGGCGUCCAACGAGGAGGGGGACGCGCUGUACGCGCUGCGGAUGCGGCUGUCGGACCCCAACGGCGUGCUCCAGAGCUGGGAUCCCACCCUCGUCAACCCCUGCACCUGGUUCCACGUCACCUGCGACAGCGCCAGCCGCGUCGUCCGCCUGGAUUUAGGCAACUCCAACGUCUCCGGCUCCAUCGGCCCCGAGCUCAGCCGCCUUGUGAAUCUUCAGUACCUGGAGCUGUACAGGAACAACCUCAACGGCGAGAUCCCAAAAGAGUUGGGCAAGCUGAAGAAUUUGAUCAGCUUGGAUCUGUAUGCCAAUAAGCUCACCGGAAGAAUCCCCAAGUCCCUUUCCAAGCUCAGCUCACUGAGAUUCAUGCGUUUGAACAACAACAAACUUGCUGGAUCAAUUCCACGGGAGCUGGCCAAACUCUCCAACCUGAAAGUCAUUGAUUUGUCUAACAAUGACUUAUGUGGGACGAUCCCCGUCGAUGGUCCAUUCUCAAGCUUCCCUCUUCGAAGCUUCGAGAACAACAGCAGGCUGAACGGCCCGGAGCUGCAAGGAUUGGUUUCCUAUGACUUCGGAUGCUAGGAAGCACCGAUGCACACGACAAUGCACGUGGAAGGAAGGCAAAAAAAUAUAGUAGUACAACAAAUAGUGUGGAGCCUAGCACUACAACAUGUAUGGCUUGCGAUACAUGCAGCAGAAGAUGAAGAAGGUAUGUGAGCGUAGGGUCUGCGUUCGGUACUCAGACCGCAGAAGGAAAAGAAUGGGAUGUGAGAAGUCUUAGCUUGAUCGAUUGUUAUUGCCGUAUUGUAAAUUGUAAUAAGCUGCUUAGUACCGCAGCUAUGCUGACCGCUUGGGUCCGUUUAGCAAGCCUUUGCCAGUUCGGAACUAAAUCCGGGCUGUUGAAGAAUGUAUCUCAAGUUUUAUCUACAAAUGAUCCACAUCUCUUUGCUAUGUUAGUAUGGUUGAAGUACAAGCAUUGUAGUGCAAAACAAUAUGAAGACUUUGUUCAUCCAUGAAAUGUACAAUAUGUACAGUGACACAAUGUUAAGUGACAUCGAUAAACAUGA